UCCGCCACGUCUUUAAUUCCUGCUGCCUCGUAGUAAAUACUCCCCCAUAGAGAGCACAUAAGAUGCAAUUUAGACGUUGAAUCGACAUACUUUGGUUUAAAUUAAGACUUGCCAUCGUUGGUAAGUUUCCGUCGGUUUCGUUCGGACAUUUACAUCGACGAGAGGACAUUAAAGGACAUCGGUCUCGUCGAAGUGCGCGACGCGUCGAUAUCGCGACGACGAUGUGAUAUGUUUUGUAUGUGCAGCUUUGCCGAGUGAAGUCGAAUUCGCCGAUAUUUUUCGACAUGGAGGGAUAUUAUCCUAGCAACCAACGGCCUCCACCGUUGCCUCGCAGGGUUCGAAACGAAUAUGCAGAGCCCUUCAUUCACGACGCCAGAAUGGCCAGUCUCCAGCAAACCCAAAUUAGUCAAAACUUACCGUCAGGAGGUCAGAACCACACUCUUCCGGCGCAAGUGGCGCCACCACCGUCCGCACCGAUCGUUGUGCCGGUUUUCCCUCUGCGACCCGCUCCGGCACCCGCAUCGUCACACUACUCGCCGUACUCCCCGUCCAGAUUCCAUAUCGACAAAAGAUGCCAGCAUCGCUGCUCCUGGAAAUGUCUCAGUAUCGGAUUGAUAUUACUUAGCGUGUUGUUGACGGGAAUGUUGACAUAUUUUGCAGCUGUGAGUUCGAUGAAACCAAAUAUUGAUUCUUCAAAUUGUAUACUAGUGCAAGAUGUAAAGGACGGUGCAACGCAAGAUCAAAUGACAAUGGGCUCCGAAUCUACACAAAUUCCUACAGAAGAAUCUCUGCCAACAAGUACAGCGGAACAUUCUAGUGCCACUACACAACAUAGUUCACUAUUACAACAAGCACAACAGCAGCAACAGUGGUCGCCACUGCCUUUAGAGCAACGCGAAUUAGACACUCUGCAUACUGCAACUAUACCACCUUAUCAAUUUUGGCAUUCGGAAUUUCGAAAUAAGCAACCAGCAUUCAUAAGGUUUAAUUUCACGUUACCGUGGGGUGCGAAUUUUGCAGUAUACGGAAGAAGGAAUGUAGCUCCAAGCGUUACCCAAUACGAUUUCGUGGAAUUUGUAAAAGGUGGACGAGUAGAUCAUCGACUAAAGAAGAGAGAUAUUUUAGAUCAAGAUAUACCUGCCGAUGAACGGCACAUUAUCAACAAGCGCGAUGCGGCAGACUUCGAAUCCAUGAUGGUGAACGUUAGCCUGCUCCAGUAUCUCGACACGGGCCGUUGGUUUCUCUCGGUUUACAAUGACGAGUUGCAGCCGUACAGCGUAUCCCUGGUCGUUUCUGAGGCGGAAGGCGUGAGCACGACUUGCCCGAACGACUGUUCCGGAAGAGGGUCUUGUUAUCUCGGCAAAUGCGAUUGUAUCGACGGCUUUCAAGGAAUCGACUGUUCAAAAAGUAUAUGCCCAGUACUAUGCUCCGGCCACGGCCAGUACGGCGGCGGCAUUUGUCACUGCGAAGAAGGAUGGAAGGGAACGGAAUGCGACAUCCCCGAAGGUGACUGCCACAUUGCCGAUUGCUCCGGCCAUGGGAAAUGCGUCCGGGGAUCCUGCCAUUGCAAGCCGGCCUGGAAAGGUAAUUAUUAUUUCCCCAGGGAUGGAAUAGCUGCUGCUGCGACUGCGGUUUUACGUGAAAACGACCAAGCCGAGCUGGGGAUUUGGCACGGCCAAUGCUCACUAAGCUCGGACGUUAUUUAA